UACAUAGUCUAUUGGGAUCCGUGGGUGAAUCAGUUGUGGGAUAACGUGGCAGCCCGUCGUCUACAGUUGGAUUUUGCUUCUCGGCCGUGCGAGCACCCAUCGGAGAUCGUGGAGGAGUACGUUGACUGGUUUCUGACUAGAUCGCACCCACGGAUCACCCACCCCACUGAUGGGGUGCCUCAGCCUCGACCACUACUAGUUCAUCAGUUGAGAGAGCAGAUUGUGGAUCGUUUAGGUCCCGUGUUGCUGACGAGGGACCGGAGUAAGUGGGAGGAGGACGGU